CGCCGGCGACCACCGCGUUCGUUUGGGCCCGCGACGAAGACCGUUCGCCGUCACCACACUCGUAAUCCGCACGGCUUUUAGGCACCAGCGACGAGAUGCACGCUCCGAUCACCGCCGCCGCAGCCGCCGCCGCCGCCGCCGCCACGCUCGUCCUGUUCGCGGGUGAGUAUUCUACACUGUUAUUAUCGCUAAAUAUUAAACUGACGUUGCUGGGAUUAUUGUCGCACGCGCAACACCCCGCCGCCCCAAUGAUAAUUACUGUCGCCGAAACCGGGGAGGAAAAACAAAAGAACGCCGGGCGAAAAAAUAAUUCAUUACCGCCGUAUCGUCGCGGCGGCGCGCCGUUAUUAUUCGACUCGCGUCCGCCGCGAUAUAACGUCACGCGCGCGCGCGACGCCCCUUUGAAAACCCCGCGACGCGAAACGCAUUAACAGGCCGUCCGUUUUUCCGUUUCUAAAGGCUUGGCGCUCGGACAGCAGCAAAACGGCGAUUUCCAGUGUCCGAAAAAACCGGGUUUCUAUCCGGACCAGAUACAAUGCGACCUGUACUACCAUUGUACCGCGGACGGCGAACUCACGGAAAAACUGUGCCCGGACGGGCUGCUGUUCGACGACACGAACCCGAGCCACGAGAGGUGCGACACGUCCAUAAACGUGGACUGCGGCCAGAGGAACGUGCAACGUGAGUACGGCCAGUAAUGCGGUACUGUGUUUUUUUUUUUUCCUCUUUUUUUCCUCUUUUUUCUCUCUGUUUUUCGUUUUUUUUUUUUCUCUACGGCCUCCGCACCUCCGCCCUCUGACCGCUAUGGCGUCAUUCUUCCCGGCGGUUCCCGCCGUCUGUCCUCCGGCAACGUUGCGGCGAUCGUUGUCCGCCGAUUAUAGUCGCGUGUAUCCCGCGUCGAUAUUUCUGUGCUACACGUAACAAUUACGCCCGAUCCGAGAUUCCGCCUCCACCCCCUCCCCUCCACUCUCGUUUCCUCCUUUUACCGUUUUUCCGCGACGCGUCACUACUUAUAUAUAUUUAUAUAAGUAAAUGCGAUGUGUUUUUUUUUUUUUCGCCCCGUUUCUCUCUAUAAUAAUAUUAUGACACGCGCACAGAGGAACCGAAAACGUCCAAGGGCUGUCCCCGGGCCAACGGAUACUACAGACACUGGGACGAGGGCGUUUGCGAUAAGUUCGUCAACUGCGUGGACGGCGUGGCCAACGAAAUGCCGUGUCCGCCCGGCCUCAUCUAUGACGAUUCCACCAGCUCGUGCGCGUGGUCCACCGACAGCAAACGGCAGUGUACCACGACGAAAAAAGGUAAAAAAAAAAAAAAAAAACACCGAUCAAAUCGUCACGCGAUUGCGGUUAAACGUGGCGACAGUAACUGUCGCGAUAGUAUAACACCGCUAUCGCAACGGUUUAUCGUCGCUGUCGUCGUCAACGGCCGCGGUUGUUGAAGCGGUAGCGUGAUAACGGUAGCGAUAUGUAAUGUUAUCAUUGUUACGUGUUAUCCGAACGACGGGUCGCGAUUUUGUCAUUAUUCGGGUAAAAAUAUAAUUACGCGAUUUAAACCGAUCGAAAACGCGUACAACACACGAUUCCGUCCAUAAUAAUAAUAGUAUCGCGAUAAUAGUGACAAGAAUGUACGACGACGACGGCACUGUCGCGACAGUCACUAUAAUAAUUAUCGCGGCGGAAAAUUAUUGUGCGGGUAUUAUGACAGUCGCAGUGUCUAUAUACCGGCGGCAGUGCAAUGACUAGGGCUCGGGAUUUAUAGGAGUUUCGUGUUUUUUCCGUAUGCAUUGAAUUUAUAGCGGACCGAGCUAGAAAUACACUUUCUAAACGACGGAGAAUUUAAAAAUUGGACAUUUAGAACGUACAGUUUGCACAUUUCGUUGAUUUCAGCGAAAAAGUGCAUAUUUCGUCGAUUUUCACCGAUUUUUUUUUUUUUUUAUCGUGUAUUAGUCGUGCGACCGCGCGACAUUCCGAAUCUCCCGGCACGCGCGUUUAUGUCAUCGCGAAUGCUAAUUCAACGGUGCAACGCUACUUGUAUAAGAUAUAAUAUUAUGUUAAUUUUUUUUUUUUAUUCAUUUCUAUUACGAAUAAACCGCAGUGUAUCGGUACUGACGGUGUCGUUAAACCGGCGUCGCGUGAAAAUUAACGUUGUUUUCCCCAUAGAAACCUGCUGUAAGUUAUUAUUCUUGUUCUUCUUUUUUUUUUUUUUUUUUUUUUUUUUUUUUUAUCAAUAGCUUAUACACGGCGGUUCGCAUUUCGAAAGAUUUUCGUAAAUACCGACUUUUCCUUUUCCAACGACGACGUACGUUUUUACGGCCGUGCGGACAAUGAUAUCACGUUUUCGGCGACUAAAACCGCAAUAUUGCGUGCCUGUACAACCGAACUGUACCGCGACGACACGCAUGCGCCCACGUAAUAUUGUGAUAUUUUAAGAGCGCGAUUUUUAUGCAAUGUUUUUUCAUUGUCGCGCCUGCGUUCGAGAACAUAAUAGUUACGGGUUAUCGUCGUGAUAAUAUAAUAUGUAAACGGCGUGUACGAAAUUCCAAAAGAGAAAUAGAAAGUGGUUAAAAAUUUAAUAUUAUGCAUUACGUACACGCACGAUUGUUAUGCGCAAUGGUCAGCAGCGAGUAGUUGAAAAAUAUAUCAAGCUGAUGGCUAUGCGACGAUAUGCUAACGUUGCUUUCAAAUUAAACGCGUUGAACUACCCGGAUGGCAAAAAUAUAUUUUAUUAAGAUUUGUAUAAUGUUGUUUUUACAAUGAAACCAUUGAUAAGACGUUUUAUGUUUCCAUAUUUUUCAUUUUAAUAACAUUUAGAAAAUAUUUAUUAAAUAACUGUUGGCCACCGGAUUUUUUAUUUAUUAAAUUAUAUUUUUCUAACAAUUUUGUUUUUUUUUUUUAAUCAAAAAGAAAUACAAAAACAGAAUCUUGUAGCUGCCACAGUCGGGUAUUGAAUUCGAGACGACACUGCAGCCUAAUCUAACCUAAAACCCUAUCCAUUAUAGACUACCACCUAACUAAUUGUUGAGAAAUCGAUUUUAUGAUUGUAUAAGAUAUUAAUUAAGUGAAUUUCAAAUUUUAAAAUACAGGUUUAGUUGCUGUAAUACGCAUCGUUUAUAAUUUAAAAAACAUACGUUUGUUUUCGCAUAAUAACAUGCAAUAAAAAAUAUGCAUUUAAAUUUUUAUAAGAUAAAUACAAAAACGUAGUUACAAACAAAAUUAUGUAUUUAUUGAAAUACAUUAGUGAUUGGGGCUAUUUGUCUUAAUAUGAUAUUAUUGAGAAAUAAAAUAAUUUGGAAACAAAAUGUAUAAUUCGCAUUCAAUACGUGUGUGUCACGUGCUACGACAACUUAUUUUUUUUUUUUUAAAUUUUCGCAUAUAAAUGAUCGGCGAUUGGACCGUAGCGUAGAUUUAUACUGACUGAAGGUUCGUUUUCCCAUCGCACGAUGUAGUCGGCGCAUAUUUGAAUUUAAAAAAAAUUUGUCUCGAGAACCAAAAAAAAAAAAUGAACAAAAAACCGUACGGUUUUUAUUUUUUAUUUUCCGCGAAAAAAAUUGAAAAUACACGCGAACGUCCUCGAUUUACGUCCCCGAUUGUAACGAUCGUAACGGUUCUGGGCAACGCGAUUUCUGUUGUUUUGCGCGUUAGUGAGGCGUUGUUCCGCCUUGUCUCUACAACGCGUACAGGUGCGACGUCUUCCCGUCCAAAAGAUUCCGCGCGUUUACAGUUUAUUGCCGAUUGUCGCGAUUCCGAUUGGAAUCCGACCGCGCUCGCACGAACGGCGCGCGCGCAAAGCGCUUUCGAAUGGCAAACGCGGCGUUCGCCGUCCGUUUUAGCGGUCGCGCAGUAAACUUUUGUCGACGCACGGCGAAUUGUCAACCGUUUAUAAUCCGGUCUGUCACCGACGACGUGUCCGGUGCGUCCGGUUUCGACACGCGCAAGAACGAUUUUUCCGGCGUUCGCGACCGCGGCGCACCGGCGGGGCGGCGUCACGGGCGACGAGCCGCGGGCCCGUGACGCUUAGGGGCUCCGGAUAAAGGCCAAACGCAUAAUUGUUUUACAGUUGGCCGGACGGGUAAACGAAAAUCGACGACGAUUGUUGUAACGCACAUUACAAGUGACAUACGGGCGGACGGGGGACGGACGUACGAAAACAGAUUAUUACGAACCGUGUAGAUUGAGAUCAGAUUUUUCUUCUUUUUUUUUUUUUAUCAGCCUUCGAACGGAGUCUUUACAGGAAUCGAAAUCCUACAAAAAUAUUAUGCGAACAGCCCUUUUUUUCUUCUUUUUUUUUUUUUUUUCUUAUAAUUUCCGACCGUAACAACGGCCGUACGGUCCCCUACACGGCGCCCGCCCGGCAAAUCGACCCGACCCGUAAUUCGGUUAAUCCGAAACGGUUUGCCCGCGCGGGCGUUCGAAAUCCCGGUCACGCCGCUGGUCCACGACGGAACGCGGAAACGUCGGCGCUUCCGAACGUUCGGUUCUGUUAAAUUUCCCGUUAACCUGUAGCCGUUUCGAAAACGUUACCGCCACGGCGCCCGGCGCGUGUGACGGCGGCCGCCGCGCGCAACCGGUGCAGGCGAUGUGUCGGUUUCAUCGAUUUUCGAUUUUCGAAACGAAUUGCAACGUGCACCUGCGUUGGCGGUCCCGAAAACGCGGCGCCCGUGCGACGCAACGGCGCUGCGUAACCGUCCGGUUGCGCGCAAACGCCCGGGCACGCGCACCGGGGAAAAGUGCCGCGGACGCCUAUCAUUGACGCGACCCCGCCGCGCCCGUGACGGUCGUGCCGGCGCACCCGCGGUCGCGGAACGGCACGUACUCGGGGCAACGGACGCGCCGUGGCGACCGGACGCGCGCGAUGACGGCGGCCCGCGUACGGUGUCCGCGUCGUUGACGCGCGUCCGCCCGGCCGGGAUUUCACCGUUUUCCGUCGAAAACCGGCGAAAAUCCCGCGCGAAACUACGCGACUAGCGAAACGUGCAGCGCGCCCGUCCGAAUGGUCGCUCCCGAAGCGGCUCGGCGAAUUUUUCGGAUACGAUUUCGAGGAUACGGUCAAACCUCGGGAUUCGCGCUCCGUCCGUUCGGUAAUAUUAACCGCCGCGACAACGCUCGCCCCGAAUCCUCGGCACCUACGCCGCUAGCGUUGGACGCGUGCGCUCCGUGGCGUGUUUUCAAAAUGCCUGUAGCGGAGGUGUUAAUCUCGGAAUUAUCUCGGAAGAUUUUAAGUGAAUUUGAUUCAUAUAUUUUUUUUACCUUUGUAAAACUGUUGAAGCUUUAUUUUAAAAACAAUUUUGAAUUUUUCGCCUCUAUUCCAUAAAUUGAAUAUCUACUUUUCAAAUGAUAACUGAUAACUCCUCUCUACUCCUGCGGUCUAAAUAUUAAUCAGUUACAGCUUACAUACGGUAAAUCUGAUUUUAGUGUUAUGCAUAUCAAAAUAUAUUCUAUUCGAAUCUGUGUUCAUAAAGGGCUGGGGGGAGGGGGUUCCCGUUUGAGUUUUUCAAAAAUAUAAUAUUUCUUAAUUAAGGUACACGAAGUAAGGGUGCAAAUUAAAAAAUGAUUUUAAAAUAAAGCUCAAACGAUUCUACAAAGAUUAAAAAAAUAUAAAUCAAAUACACUUAAAAUCUUCCGAGAUAAUUACUGGUUCAUGAAUAAAAAACGAACCUAUACAAAUUGAUGUUCUUUUUCUCUAUACCUUCGUAGUAAGUCAUUUACGACUUUUAAACUAUACUUUGUUCUUCUGGGGAGAGGGCGGGAAGACCCGGGUACCCCUCCCCCCCCAAAAUACGCCGCCGUAUGUACUUAACCAUUGAAACCGUGAUAGUGUUUGAUAUAACAUUUUAAAUCCGUUCGAACGGAUCCCAACUGUUGUCUUGAAACGCACAUGAAUUCCGAACAAAAUUGUUAAAAGGUUUUUAACAAAAUUGUACUGCGUGUGUACGAGUACACGUAGAUGAGUAGUAAAUGCAAACAAUUUUUUAUUUUUCUUUACACUUGGUGAAAUUCCUAAAAAUUAUCACAAAGUACAAGACAUAUUUUCACGAAACGGAUAUAAAAAUUUGUAAUUUCAUUGAUAAUUUAUGAAAUAAAAUGGGUAUUCCGUAUCGACUUGAAAUAUUUCAGGACUUAACCCGCAAUCGGCGAUCUUAUAUCAUACAAUAAUAUAUAGCCAUACAGGUAUGCCUAAUCUGUAAUAAUCUGGAAUAAUUCAGGCGUUCCCGAUUUUUUCACUAUCGCCGAUUACCAAUUGAUAUUUUAAUGAUCAAUGCGCGUACCACCUUAAUAAUUCUAAAACUAAAUUUGGAGAGUCAAUUUUUUUUUUUUUUUCAAAUAUACAUUUUACUUUUAAUUCAUUUAUUAACACUUUUUAUUGUUUAAAAUUCAUAAAAGUAGAAAAAAAAAUCUUAAUUUUUAGGUAAAUCUAUUAAUAUUUAAAUUACAGUUUUCAACGUUAAUGUGAAAAAAAAAUGUCCUCGUGUACCGCGGGUUUGGGUGCCACUGGUCUAAUUAAUCACUCCAUACUAAUAAUGAUAUUUAAUUAUUUGAGCACGGCCGAAAAGUCCAUUGUAAUUUCGACAAUUGCGCGAUAAAUACAUUGUACUUCAAGUAUAAUAAUUUAAAACGGAAACAAUAUCGAAUAAAAUGCGAAACCAUAAUAAUACACAAUUAUGGCGGUUAUGUUUUGUUUCAAAAAGUGCCGGUAUAACCGAUCGACGAUGGCCGUGAUGGAAACGAAAUCCGUACUCUCGCGUACAAACGGGGCCGAAUAGUUUCGGUUUUAAGGGGUUGGCGUCUCCGAAUCGGUCUCGUGUUUUUAGACCGUCGCAAUCGUUACUUUACGGCAGUCGCUGUUAAACCGUUAUUUGUUAAUAAAUGAAGAAAACGUAUUGUUACCGGAGCGGAUUGAUAGAACGAAACGCGCGCCACUUGCGUUAAACGAACAUGAAUAUUUCUUCGGCACGUGAAUCAACUCGUUAAUAAGAAAUGACCGCACGAGAAAAUACGGUCGUCUCGCGUUAAAAAAAAAAAGGUCUUAAGACAUCGACGGAUUCGCACUGUCAGUGCGAGCGCGCCACAUGGUAAAAAACCGAAAUGAAAAAAAAAAAAAAGGAAUUGCUCGUAAACAAUUUCAAAAUUUUUGAUGUACGGCCUUCUUGUGCCGACAGCGUCGCGCCGCGAUCGAUUCGCGUCCGUAGAACGAGACCGCCGCGAUCCGAAAUCCGACACUUAAAACAUAAUAUCGGUGUCGGUCGAAUCGCGAAAAAUGUUCACAUUUUUGCGAUUCGAUAACCGGGACGGCCCGCGCCUAUUUCAAUUUUUCAAUUUAUACUUCGCAUAGCAAAAAUAUCGGCAGGCGUGUUGUGUGCCGGUUUUUUUCUUUUUUCUGAUUCGUCAGGGCACGAGUUAUUAUCACACGCUGGCGAACGUAAUAGUAUUGCAGUUUCGUUUUUACCUGAACAUUUCACAAAGUGAAACGGUUCGCGUUUUAUGACUUUUCACGCGUUUUGCCUAUUAUUAUUUAUUUAUUUAUUUAUUUUUUUCUUUUCUUUUACAGACGCUCUCACCGACGGUUUCUCGUGUCCGGACGGCGACGUGAUCGGCCCGAACGGCCGAAUCUUACCCCAUCCGACUUUCGCGCACCCGGACGACUGUCAAAAGUUUUACAUUUGCCGGAACGGCGUCAUCCCGCAGUACGGGAGCUGUUCCGCGGGUUCCGUGUACAACGACGUGUCGUUCAAGUGCGACGAACCGGAAAACGUACCCGGAUGGUGAGUGACGUGACGGCGACCGGUGGGUGGGGGGAUGGGGGUGGGUGGGUGACGAUGACGUCGCGUUAAAACUGUGUGCAGGAUAAACGAUGACACGUCGCUCGAAAUCACUCGCUCGCGAUUGUUUUCGGUCCAAUACGUUCCGCGCGUAGGACCGGCGACGACGUUGUCACAGAAUAUUACAGGGUAUACAGGGCGAUCCGUUUAUCCCGGUCCAAAGAUUCGCUCGGAGGAUUUUUCAACGAAUUUGAUUUCUGUUUAUUUUUAUUGUUAUUAUUUUUUUUUUUUUUUUUUUUUUUUUUUUUUUUUUACAAUUUGCAUACGGAAAAGACAUAAGACAUUUGGACUUUAUGUCUUAAUCUCUCCCCCCCCUCUUUCCCUGUGAUUAAUUAUAAACGCAAAUUCGAAUAGAGAACAUUGUCCUAAACAUUUUAAUACGAUAACAAAUAACAUUAAUACAAUAACACCGGAUUUUCUGUUUAUGAAUUACAACAGUUUAAUAAUUUCGCCGAUUAAGGGCAUUAAGGGUUAUCGAUUUAAUCAUCUAAAUACGAAUGUGACCAGGUCCGUUACUCUUCCCUAUACACUUUCGGUCCAAAUAUUUUAAAUCCGAUAUUAGCGUUAUGAAUAUCGAAGUUUUUAGGUUAAUAUUCUCUGUACGAGGGGUGGCUCCUAAUCGAUAAUAAAAAGGUGUGUACUCAUUCGAGGCAUAAUAAAGAGGCGUGAAAUGUGUAAAACAAUACUUGGGAUAUAGUUUAAGCGAUUUCAAAAUAUUAAAUGUAAAUAUUGUAAUGCAAAAUAUUAAUAUGUAAAUCAUUACACAGAAAUCGAAAUCCAUUAAAAUCCUCGUAGUUAAUUGCCGGUCCGUGAUAAAUGAACACACUGUAUAUAUUAAUAUUGUGUAUUUAUGUAAAACGCCAGCUGCCGCCGGUUUCAUCUGCUCUGGACUAAACGCCCAUUCGCAUAAUUAAAAAUAACGAUUUUCCACUACAGAACGGCUGGAACUGAUGUAUAACUACGCCUAGGUACCACAAUUAUUAAUAAUAGUCCUCGAUUAACUCGUAAAAUUUCGAACGCGUGUUCCGUGAAAAUCCAUUACUAUUGCUGAAAAAAAAAAAAAAAUAUAUAACACCGCAGCAAAUACUUAUAAAUAAAAAAUCGAUAUACGAUUUUUUUUUUUUUUUUGUUUUCUCAACAGUUUAAUUACUCCGUAUAAUAUAUAUAUAUCGUUAUUAUUGAUUGUUUUUUUCACUGAAACAAUAUUUAAUUUAUUUAUAUAGAUUGUAAGGGCAGCAAAAAAGAGGCGUUAUUCAGUUUAAAGUUUUAGUAAAAAGUGGUUUUUUUCACGGAAAACAAUUAUUCUAUCAAUAAUAAAGAUAGUUUUCUGUACAUAAAAUCGAGAGAUGAAAAUUGUAUUUUUCGUGGUGUAUAUUUGGAAAAUUCGUUAAAAAAUACAGUACGUUUUUUUUUUUUUUGUGUAGCGUUUUUGUAUACUGAUGAAUAUUUCGUGACAUAUAACCCUCUAGAUUCCAUAAUAAUAACUUUCCAAGCAUGAAUUUACAAAUUCUGUUACAAUUUAAGAAAGUUAAAUAAACACUUUCAAUGGAAUUUAUAUUAAACAAAAUGUUUACAACAUGUUAACUAAUUAUUUCAAUAUUGAACAAAUUGUGUUUAAAUAUAUUUUACAAAUAUACAAGGUGAUCCAUCCGGAUCCAAUGAUUUUCUGGAAAUACUUUGAGUGCCGGUAAAUUUGAUUCCUGUUUUUUUCUUUUAAUCGUCAUGGAACUGUUUAAGUUUUAUGUUAAUUGUUUAUCCACUUUUUUGUACCUAAAAAUGAGCGUAUACUUUCUAUUUUCAAAUAGCAACAACGUUCUUUUUGCAUAUAAAUUCGAAUAGUGAAUAUAUUUCUAAAAAUGUUGACAUGCAUAUUGCUCCAUAAUAUUGGAUGUGCCGUUUAUGAGUUCGGAGUUGUAACAGUUUAAAAUUUAGAUCAGAGUACUAGGUGAUACAUUUAAGUGGGUACACUCAUAAUCUCGGAAAAUAUUAAAAUUUUGCGGAAUUUGUUUUCUAGAACAUUUAAGAAACAAGCUACUCCACAAUUUUAUAUUUGCGUUAUUUUUUGUCACCCUUAUUUUUGGGGGUAAAACAACUACCUACUUUUAAUUUUCAAAUGGCAACCUAUAUUAAAAAAUCGAUACAUUAUUAACACGCCGCACGCCGUACUGAUGAAACUCUACUACUCUCCUCCGAUCCAAACUUAAAAGUGGAAUAUCUCGUCAACGGAUCGAUAGAAAUAAAAUAUUUCAACACUAAAAUGUAUUUUAACUAUUAUUCAAACUAUUCAGGAACUUUUUAAUAUAGGUUACCAUUUGAAAAUUAAAAGUAGGUAGUUGUUUUACCCCCAAAAAUAAGGGUGACAAAACAUAACACAAAUAUAAAAUUGUGGAGCAGCUUGUUUCGUAAAUGUUCUAGAAAACAAAUUCCGGAAAAUGUUAAUUUUUUCCAAGAAAAUGAGUGUACUCACUUAAAUGAAUCAUCUGGUAUAUAAAAGGGUAGUAAAUUCUAUAUCUAUUUUUGAUGAUAAACUGAUAACCCUUCCUCAUUCUUCCGCUCUAAAUUUUUAACUCUUAAUUUAUAAACGGUAGAGUGUCUUAAAAGUUUUAAAAACCUAUCGUCUAUUUGAAUCUAUGUUAAAUAGUAGGAAAUGCUAUUUGAAAAACCAGUGUCAGUGGCGUGCGAAAUGAGGAAUGGUUUAGGGUUUUUUCUCUUAAAUUAACUUUUGAACACAUCGACUAUUUUGCACGGGUACUAUUAAUAUAUAUUUAACAGGGGUGGAAUGGAAAUCAAAUAAAAGCAGGGAGAUUGGAAUUUAUUUCCCGACAUUCCUUUCUCCUGAGAAAAUAACCAACGAAUUGUACUAGCUUUCGAUUCCAACAAGUGUAUUAUUUAAUUUUUUUUUAGAGCCCACAAACUAUAAAAAAUAAAAUUAGUUUUUUUUUUUUAAAUAACACAUCGCGUAAUAUUCAAAAAUAAAUAGUUAAAUUUCAUUCAUUAAAAUUUGUUAAAGUAUUAGUGAUAUAGUAAACUUUCAAAUGUAAAUUUGUAGAGAGAGAUAAACAAUACUUAAUACAGUUAAUUCAUAACAAAUGAACAAAUUGUUAACCAGACAACAAAACGGUCCAGACUAUUUGGAAAAUUCCCAUUUCCAAACCGUCUCUGGUAUUCAGUAAUAUUAUCUUAGAAUUAUAUAUUUCAGCCGGGUCAUAAGGAAAUAAUCGAUUUAACGAAUGAAAAUUGUCUUUUUUAGAUACAGAUUUUAAAUUCUCGUGGUCGGAUUAAGUUUAAAAUAAAUAAUAAUAUUCUACGGUAUAUUCCUGAUUAUUAUUUACUUCGUGUCUACGUAUACUUUUCGUUAAAUAUGUUUAGGCACGCCACGGCAGUUAAGUGUUGUGCGUACACAAAUUUCUAAAAAAAAAAUAUUCUCUAUUCGAGUCUGAGUUUAAAAAGUGACAGGAUAGGUUGCUGUUUGAAAACCCAAAGUCAGAGUGUGUAUUCGUUUAGGGUCAUUCAAGGAGUAGGGGUAAAAAUUUGAAUACAGUGGCCGAACAAUGUACAAACGUACAUUGACACGUACGUUCACAUUUACACAAUUUAGGUGUGGGGAAAAAAAGAAAAAAAAUGCUAAAUAAUGGAACAAUGUUAAUUAAAUAAUUAUAAUGUUGAAUAUUUUUCACAGUGAGAAUUACUACGAAAACGAAGACGACAAGAAGAACGGGAAAAAUUAAAAUCUCAUAUUAUGUAUAUUAUUAUAAUAUAAGUGUAUAAUUAUUUUAUAUUUAAAAAAUAUGUAAAAUAAAUAUUAUAUAUAU